GCACUGUACGCGGCGAUGGCGAGCGGCGGCGGGGCGGUGAGGGAGGUGGGGUCGAGGGCGGAGCUGGACGCGGCGGUGGGCGGCGCGCGGCCCGCCGCGGUGCACUUCUGGGCCUCCUGGUGCGAGGCCUCCAAGCAGAUGGACGAGGUCUUCGCCCACCUCGCAGUCGACUUCCCGCACGCGCUCUUCCUCCGGGUUGAAGCUGAAGAACAACCGGAAAUUUCAGAGGCGUAUGGAGUUUCAGCAGUACCAUACUUUGUUUUCUGCAAGGAAGGCAAGGCUGUUGAUACUCUGGAGGGUGCAAAUCCAGCCAGCCUGGCCAAUAAGGUUGCAAAGUUAGCUGGGCCUGCCAAUGUUGCUGAGUCUGCUGCACCUGCUAGCCUGGGGGUUGCUGCUGGGCCUGCUGUGCUUGAAAAGGUCCAACAAUUGGCACAGCAAAAUGGAUCUUCUGCUGCUGAAAGUGCAACUGCUCUGAAUAAGCGAUUGGAGCAGCUUGUCAAUUCCCAUCCUGUCAUCUUAUUUAUGAAGGGAAAUCCAGACGAACCAAGGUGUGGUUUCAGUCGAAGAGUGGUUGACAUUUUGAAGCAGGAAGGUGUUGAGUUUGGGAGCUUUGAUAUCCUUGGAGAUAAUGAAGUACGUGAAGGAAUGAAGAAGUUCUCUAACUGGCCAACUUUUCCUCAGUUGUACUGCAAAGGUGAGCUGCUUGGUGGAUGUGAUAUUGUUAUUGCUAUGCAUGAAAGUGGUGAGCUGAAGGAUGUGUUGAAGGAGCACAACAUUCCUCUCCGCCCACAAGGAAGCAAAAUUGAGGAGCCAGUGAUAUCUGAGUCUACAGGUGAAAAGAGUCCUGAACCAAUUGGGCUUACUGAAGCUCAGAAAGCUCGUUUGGAGAGCCUCACUAAUUCUAACCCAGUGAUGAUAUUUAUCAAAGGUUCACCCGAGGAGCCCAAGUGUGGAUUUAGUGGGAAGGUCAUUCAUAUUCUUAAGCAAGAGAAGAUUCCUUUCUCAAGUUUUGACAUUCUUUCAGAUGAUGAGGUUAGGCAGGGCCUAAAGGUUCUAUCGAACUGGCCUAGCUACCCUCAAGUGUACAUAAAGGGUGAACUGGUUGGUGGUUCUGACAUAGUGAUGGAGAUGCAUAAGAGUGGGGAGCUAAAGAAGGUUCUGUCCGAGAAAGGGAUUAUUCCGAAAGACAGCCUAGAGGACCGACUGAAGGCCUUGAUUUCCUCAUCCCCAGUGAUGCUGUUCAUGAAGGGCAACCCAGAUGCUCCACUUUGCGGCUUUAGUUCGAAAGUUGUGAAUGCAUUGAGAGGAGCAGGGGUCAGCUUUGGGUCCUUUGACAUUUUAUCUGAUGAGGAAGUCAGGCAAGGUCUGAAGACUUACUCAAACUGGCCCACAUUUCCCCAGCUCUACUACAAAUCAGAACUGAUGGGGGGUUGUGACAUUGUUCUUGAGAUGGAAAAGAGUGGAGAGUUGAAGUCCACUCUUUCGGAGUAGCAGAUAUUUUGGUGAUAUAAUAUCGAUGGCUUAUCGUGUUUUCAGCAAACGUCCUAUAUCAAGUUGCUCUAUUGGUGGCAUUUCUGUGCCGAUGUAUUCAUAGAUCCAUGUUUUAAACUUGGAUUUCCUAGUGCUACGUUAGUUGAACUGUGACAAUUCCAGAAGAAUAACUUGAAAACCUUUUAAGUGCCUGUUUUGGUCUUCUUAUAUUACCCUGCUUUAUUUUUUGC